AUGAAUUCUGAUUCGAGCUCUGUCUCCAGCAGAGCGUCAUCUCCGGACAUGGAUGAGAUGUACCUAAGAGACCACCACCACCGCCACCAUCACCACCACCAGGAGAGCCGUCUCAACUCGGUCUCAUCCACACAGGGCGAUAUGGUGCAGAAGAUGCCUGGGGAAAGCCUCUCGCGAGCAGGCGCCAAGGCGGCCGGAGAAAGCAGCAAGUACAAAAUCAAGAAGCAGCUGUCGGAGCAGGACCUUCAGCAGUUGCGCCUGAAGAUCAACGGACGCGAGCGCAAGAGGAUGCACGACCUGAAUCUGGCCAUGGACGGCCUGCGAGAGGUCAUGCCCUACGCGCACGGGCCCUCCGUGCGCAAACUCUCCAAGAUUGCCACUCUGCUGCUAGCCAGAAACUACAUCCUCAUGCUCACCAGCUCCCUGGAGGAGAUGAAGAGGUUGGUCGGCGAGAUCUACGGGGGUCACCACUCGGCCUUCCACUGUGGGACUGUGGGGCACUCGGCCGGCCACCCGGCGCACGCAGCGAACGCCGUGCACCCGGUGCACCCCAUCCUGGGCGGUGCGCUCUCGUCCAGCAAUGCCACGUCCCCGCUCUCCGCGGCCUCCCUGCCUGCCAUUGGCACCAUCCGACCUCCCCACUCGCUGCUCAAGGCGCCCUCCACGCCGCCCGCGCUGCAGCUGGGCAGUGGCUUCCAGCACUGGGCGGGGCUGCCCUGCCCCUGCACCAUCUGCCAGAUGCCACCGCCGCCGCACCUGUCCGCCCUCUCCACGGCCAACAUGGCCCGGCUGUCCGCCGAGUCCAAGGACUUGCUCAAGUGA